AUGCGUUGCUCCACUUUCGCCGUUCUCUCCGUCCCCCUCGUGGCGCGUGCUGUUGCUGGCCAAUAUGAGAAUUGGAAGUUCGGCAAUAUGUUCCGACUCGGCCCAGCUAAGAACGCUAUUGUCAAGGCGACAUACACCAUUGCUACUCCGUCAGUUCCCUGUGGAUACGUCCAGGAGAAACCGAGUGAAGAACCGUGGCUGUCACUCUGGGUUGGCCUUUCCAGCUCCGUGAGUGAUCAGAAGGCAGAUCUCUUCCAACCAUUGCUUAAUUGGGCCCCAAACAAUGAACUGCAGGGAUGCCCCGCGCCUAAUACUCAGUGGUGUGUUGCCGCAAGCACAUUUAGCAAUGGCCAGCAGCUUGCCCAGUCGUACAUCCCUAUUCCUGCUGAGACCAAUGUCGACUUUGAGCUCACCUAUGAUGCUGCCAAGGGCGUGACACAAAAGGUGUACAUGGACGGUAAGCUUGUUUCGCAGCAGACCGAUAAGACCCAAGCCGGGCAGCGCCCUUCCUACCUCUACUCCAGCAACGAGUGCUAUUUGGGCACGUGUGGAACCGUCAAUGGCUACACAUGGGAGAAUAUUACUGUUGUGCUCGAAAAGGCAGACGCAGACUUCGGUCAGACCCUUGAUCUGCUGGGCGCCAGCUCCGGAGCCGUAAAGACUGCAGACAAUGGCAAGACCUGGAACGUUGAUUCUAUCAAGAUCAACGAGGACCACUUCUACGCUGAUGGUUCGAAGAGAAAGAAGUGCUAA